AUGAGUCCGCCGAGCCCAGACUCGUGCCUCUCGCAGGACCAACCCGGUCAGCCGGGAGAAGGUCAGCUUGACAUCAUUGAACAGGAACUUGGGCGGCGUUUGUUCUAUGCUGUCUUAGUCGGUUACCGAACGCUGCAGCAGAUGGGGUCAACGGACUCUACUUUUCAUAUACCCCCAGAAACCCCGACCGAGCGGUAUCCCCCCUUACCCCUCGAAAUAGAUGAUGAGUUUAUUUUUCCGACUCAUGUUGAACCUCAACCGGCAGACAGAGUUUCUCGCCUGGUGGGGUUCAACCUUAAUGUCCGCGUAUAUAAUUCAUACAACCAAGUCUCGGCUUGGGAAGUGGCAUUUGGGAGUGGCCAACCUUUUGACUGGGAACGGCAAAGGACUGCUGUCUGGGAAAGUCUACAGAAGGCCAAAUCCGCCGUCGCUGACGUACCAAGAGAGCUUUCACUACAAGGUUCGGUAUCGGGUCAGGGCCCUGGACCGAGCCCGACAGAGGAUGAAAGGCGACACAUCCAAUACGAGAUUCAGAAGGCAAACAUUUACGCAAGCCAGCUAGGGACUCGGUCUUAUCUGGUUGAGAAGUACUGGGCACUGUAUGCCGCUUGGAAGGCAUACCAAAAACGGGCUGAACAAGCGACGAAUAUCAGUUCAUCGCCGGUCAAGCUCGAGGAAGACCAGUCCAGCGCGCUUGAGGCUGAUGGGGACGCCCAAUCGGAUCAUAUUGGAGCUACGAUGGCGGAAGAACGUCGAAUUGUGAUUCGUGAUAUGUUGGUGUUGAUACGAUCUAUCAACGAAGUCAACAUGGAGCCCAACGGGCUUAGCUUUACUGCCAAGGUCCGCCAGGUCGCCUCUACACUUCUUAAUCUUCCCCACCCUAAUAUGGAACCGGCCGAUUCCACCGCUUUGACAGCGGGGCCACACCCGCUGACCGUGGCUGAGGCGGAGUCUUAUCUCCAUGCCUUCAUUGAUACCCUCAUGCGUCUGGAGGGAAUGGCAGUUCCGAGCCCGUCAAUAGCCACCGCCAGCCCACAGGCGAACGGCCGCUCAAUGAGCUAUCUCAGUGAUAUAGAACGCGACGAAGAGGAACUCCGCAAGUGGGCCAGUGUCAAGGAGUAUCAAGCAAGGUUUGCAGCCGCAGGAGGAUGGCUUUCAGAACUAUGA